GGGUGUUGUGACUGGAGGAGGAUCUCGUCUUGGAUCAGGAGAGCUGUGGUUGAGAGUGGAGCACAGGGAGCGUUUCCUGGCAGUUUGCACAUCCACAUUAUCUGUACUCCAGGGAAUAUUCCACAGUGGAUGAAAAGAGUUCCCAGGAGCAAUUCCUGACAAACAGAAAGUGGCUUUCUGCCAUCAUUGAAAGCUUCUGCUUUAGGAUAAAACCUCAGGUCAUUAGAGAUGGCUUGAACUGGAAUUCUGGUCAGGAUUCCUCCAAAUUCAACAUCAAUUUUCUGGUUUGCUUUAGAUGAUGAUAAUGAUAAAAAUGAUGGUUAUUGUAUAUUGUCUAGAUUAUGUUACUAUGUAUUUAUUGUUAUCAUUACUUUUAUUAUUUUAUUACAAUUUUCAGAUAAUCUAUGAAAUGAAUACAGCUGUAUAAAAUAAAUAUGUAUCAACUACAAUAAAUUAAUUUUACUUUGUCCCUGGGUGCACGUUUCCAAUUGACAAUAAAUUGUUACUUUGCCACUUCUUGGAUCCCAUUAAAAUAAAUUCCUUUGGUUCUCUGGAGUGGCCCAUAGUCCCUGGCUAUUUAUUCACAUUUGUGGCUGAAAGUUGUGCCUGCAGGAACAGUGGGGAGUGAAGGCAGAUGGAAAAGGAAAUGUACAUUAUUCUUUUUAAUUUUCUGUCUUGAAUUAAGUAAGUAAAGAAAUAAAUCUCCCAUUUUCUUUCUGUUCUCUCUGCUUUCCUGCCUUCCUUAAUGCCCUGUCCACAGGGAGGUGUUGGUGUUGCCACACACAGACUGUUCACCAAAAGAAAUCUCCUUUUUGGGUCAAAAAAAUGUGAUCUGGUUGACAGAUCCCUCUGUGAAUGUCACAGAAUUUUAUUGCUUUUAUUGAAUUUGAUAAUUUCUCUGGUAAUGUUAAAUAAGAUUUCUACCAGUCCAUCAUUUUUUUGGUCUUCCAUGAGUUUGUUUCCCUCAAGGUUUGUUCGUGGAUCUGCCUUAGGCCUUUCUAAAGUAUCAUAACAACACAAUUAUUCCUGUGUUCAUAUCUGAAACUUGAGGAGGUUUAUUCACACAGGGUUGGAAAGUGAAGGAGGAUGAAGAGGAGAAAGAAAACUCUACUUCAGUAACUAUGGGAGAAAUUCCCAAGGACAACCUGGCACGAUACAGAUUUCCUACUGUUUUUUUUGGUUUUUUUUAGGAAAAGAAAUUAACCUGUUCUUGAACCAAAUUGAUCUGACACCCUAAAAAGGGGAUACUGAGGGAGCUUUUUUCAUUCUGCUUAAGGGACUCUUAAAAAUUCAUUAAUUCAAGGAAGCAAUGAGCUUGAAGACCGAAGCAAAAUAACUUCCAACUCCUCUUCAUGAAAAAUGUAUGGGGACUGUGCUUUAUUUUAUUUUGCUUUAUUUUAUUCUGGUAACAUGAAACUUCCUCGUGGUUAUUUCUUUGUAUCACCUGGGAAAAGCUUUAUGAUGUGGAAUUGCUGCAAUGAAGCUUUUUCAACUUAGAGAGCUAAAAAUAUUUGCAGUGAUCCUUUCUCUCCUCUGUUGUUUGAGUAAACCUGUGUGAAUUCCUCUUCUCGGUAUCUCAUCGGACUUUCCCUUCUCUCUUGCCUAUCCUUCAGCUUUUUGUCAUUCUCCAAAGAUGUAAUUACCUGAUAUUUGUUUCAAGGUAAAGAAUGUUAUUUCCCAGACAAUCACAAUUUUGGGGCAUCUUCCUCUUUUUCAUGGAGAUAAAAAGCUACAAUUGCCUUCUGUAAUCAUUAAAAUCAGAAUGACCUGAAAUCCAGGCAAAUGAGAUUUUUUUUACUGGUGCUUCCCCUCCCAAUCUACUUUUAAAGUUGCUGUUUGCAGCACAGUCAAAACCAGUUUUUAAGUCUGUUGAGAUGGAGGUGAAUGGUGAUUCCAGGUGGAAUGAAGAGGUGAGCACUGGAAACCGGCAGAGGAAAAUAUUGAUGCAAAUAUAUCUUCAGUUCAUCUCUCCCUCUUUUUCUUGCUUCAUCUCCCUCUGAUCUGCUCUCCUCCUUUUGCCCAAAAGUUAGAAGUGUCCCCUUGCUUUGACAGGUGGAGGAAUGAGCCUCUUUGGAGGUUUCUUCUGCCCCUUGGUUCCAGUUUGCAGCCCUAGUUAGUUGGGGUGCAGCAUUGCAGGAUGUAUGUACCGAGUCAUUCAGACAACGGGACCAGAUGGGAAAAAACUUCUGAAAUUGCUUCCCAUUUCUAAAACUUCUGGAAGCUUUGUGCCAAUAGUUCAGUCUCCAGCCAUGCCAAAUAAUUCUAAUGCAAAUGUUUCUAGCCCAGUCCAUCUUACUUUUAAGACACAGCUUGGCAAUACUGCUGCACCUUCAUCUGUUAAGAUACCUAUUUUUCAGCCUCCUAAUCCUGGAAAGAUUAUUCUUAGGAGGACAUUAGACAAGCAGGAAAGUGCUAGGGCAGGUUCUGAAAAGGAAAGCUCGAUUCCAAGUGCAGCUGUCAACUCCCAGAGCAGCUGUGUGCCCAUGGAUGGAGUGUCCCUGCAGAACGUGGUCAUCACAAGCUCCUCUCACCAGAGCAGCACAACCUAUAUGGUGGUGAACACCAAAUCCCUCCCAGUGACUGCCAAGUCUGCAGUGCUGCCCUCCGGACACCACCUCCAGAUUCCAGCUGAUGCAGAAGUGAAGUCUGUCCCAGCAUCUCUUCUGCCACCUGCAAUACAGCAAAAAAUCCUGGCAGCUGCAGCCACCAGUGUGUCUGGAGGGGCCGACGGUACAAAAACGCCGACGGUGAUUUACGUGUCACCCGUGAACACCGUGAAAACCUCCCAAGUCCUGCCCAAGUGCUUGCAGAGCUUUUGCCCCAAAUCUGCCAUGGAAGUUUCAAAGACACUGGUAGUGACAGCUGGCCAAAAGGGAUCUGGCUCUUCUCCUGAGCCAGUCACACCUGAGGGGCAGCAGUGCCAGCAGGCUCCCAUGAAGUGGAUCGUGCAAGAAACCGCCCCUCUCUCAGCAGCUUGUCUUAUCCCUGUAAAGUCUUCAAAUAAUGUGGCUUCCAAGAUCCUGAAAACUUUGUCAGACAUGAAGAAUGUAGAAGUUAAUACUGCAAAUAUUUUGCCACUCUGUUCUAGUGGUCCUGGUGGAAGCCAAACCAAAAUCACACCUUUGAAAGAUAAUGCUCUGGUCAUGUACAAUGGGAAGAUCUAUUUAUUGACCAAAAGAGGCUCUGAUGUUCUGUCAGCCCAGGCUGACAAACAAACAUCUUCCUCUUCUGAUGCUUUACUAAAAAAGGAGGCACCCAAGCAAAUUGAUUCUACUGAAGUCAAUAAAACAACCAGUAAAGUGGUGAAUCUGGUGUUGUCAAGCAAAGGAGUGGUGCUGUCUCAGAAAGACCCAAACCCAUGUACAGUCUCCACAAAUUCAUCACCAGUUGGCUUAAGAAAUGACUUAAAAUCCACAUCUGCAGCUCUGCUUACAGCAAGUGCUGAUCAGCAGGAUCCCACUGUAAUCCAGAGACAGAAUUUGCCCUUCACCAAGAGCAUUUCUUGCAGUGGAGUGAUCCCGGUUCCAGCAGUAGGGAUGCAGGAAAGUGUGUGGCAAAAUGGCAAAGACACGAGUCAUUCCCCACGAGCAGCUGUGCUACCUCAGGCUAAGCAGGAAUGUGCUGUCAGUGAAGAAUGGCCAAAGAUCCAAUGUGAAAAAAUGGAUUCACCGGGAAAGGUUAUUCAGAUCAAACACCAAGAGAACCAACACUGGAGACAGUUCUUGGAAUUAAGGAAAAAAUUUGGUCUCUCUAAGGAGGAGAGAGUUUACCUUACGAGAAUACCAUUAAGGGCCUUCUGUGAGAGUCCAGAAGAAGGGGUUUGUUCCAGUGACAGUUUGGAAAGGAAAAAUGAUUCUUGCAGUUCAUCCUCAUUGGAUGUGGAAAUAAUGAAUCAUCAUCAGGAAUGUGUUAAAGAGAAAAAGAUAGCUGUGGACCUGGAAGAGGAUUUGACUAGGAGAAGGAAAAUAAAAUCUUCGCCUUUGUUGGACAGUGGGAAGAGGAGGAGAACUUCCACCAAGUCAGCCACAAGUCCCAGUUUAGAAGUCAGCAGCUCGAGUUGCAGUGCAGUUAGCAGGAGUGUGUCCCCUCCCGCAGCCCCACCGCCGCCGGCUGUUCCCACGGGCUCUGCUGGGGCGUCCCAAGGGAGGGACUCAGAGCAGGACGCGUUCCCCCGCUGCAGCGACACUGCCCACCCGGGCAUUUCCCUUUUACUGAACCCUGAAGAGGAUGCUUCCGUUCUGGAAGGUUCUUUCCGAGAUGACGCCUUCCCCGUGGCUCCCCCAGACCUGGAUGAGACAAUCCGCGAUGAAAAAAUCAAGCGACUGAAGCAGCUGCUGCGGGAGCGCGAGGCGGCGCUGGAGGAAAUGCGCCGGGAAAUGCAGCAGAGCUGAAACCCUGCCCUGGGGAUCCCAGCCCUGGGCAUCACCUCUUCAGGGACUUCAGGAGGAGAUCCCUUGCUUAAAUGAGUAUUUCUGGCAGAUGGAAGAACUAGAUGAAAUUUGUGUGUAUUUAGAGAACUGUAGGUUUUUGUUGAAUGCCAGAAAUAAGAGACUUGGACCAUCAAAUUCUACUUCUGGGACAAGAUCCAAGAGCACAGACAUUUUUACCAUUCCCCAUAUUUUGAAUCUAGGGGUUCUGUAUUAGUCUUAGAAAAUAAACUUUUCCUCUUCCAAAUUCCAUAGCCUGGCUCAUGGAACCCCAAUGCAAAUUGCAAACCCUAGUUGUAGAUAUUUUUUUGUUUGUGUUUCUCAUUGCAUGAGAACUUUGAAUUCCUGAGAACUGUCACUUUUCAGAAGAGGUCAACAGGCAGUUGUUAAUAAAUGCUAUUUAAAGGAGCUGGGAAUUAGGCUUUAGACAGGUAUUUAUACAAAACCUUUUGCAGAUAUGAAGACAGAGGCAGGAGGAGCCCUUUGACAGUUUGGAUUAAUGGAUCUCCCUGUUAUUAUUGUGAGCCUUUAUAAGGCCAUGGCCAGCUCCAGCUGUGCAAUGUGGAAAUUUGGUUGUGGGGUUGUUUUGCAAGUUGUACUUUUUCUAAACAGAAUUCUGUUAAUAAUAAUUUCUCAAAGCUAAAAGACUUCUUUAUCCCUGGGUGUUAUUUUUAAUGAUCCUCAAUGAGUGUCUUUUAAUUUGUUGCUGUUUGAACAUUUCUCACCUUCAUUUAUGGUACCUUAGUUUGCCUUGUAGGAGGGGAUGUGCCCUCAGACUGUCUUUACAUCCUAAUUUUUAUAGAACUCUGUGUGUAUUUUCCCACAUGCUCUGUUGUAUGUGUAGGGACACUUUUCCUUGUCCUCUGUUGUCCAUGUCUUUGAUCCUUGCAGGUUCCUUCUGCAGUUUUUCAGUUUCUCUUCCACCAAUUAAUAACUUUUUGCCAGCAGA